UGCCACCUUUUGAAGCAAGGAGAAUGCCCUCGCUUUCGUAAACGGAGGAUCUGAACAGUGAUUGAGGACGUGUGGGAAGACAGAAGAGGACAAAGUAGGAGACAUGGCCGGCUCACAGGGAAGAGAGUGAACGGAGAGCACAGGACAGAAAGAUGAAGCUGUGGGGGCAGUCAGUGUGGCCGUUGCAGGUUGUACUCCUGGUCACCUUGGUAAUGUGCUCGUGCCAGUCGGUUUCUGCGGGUACACGGAGUCUGCGGGGACACACAGGUUCGUACCAGGUGAAGCAGGGAACCUGUGAGGUGGUGGCUGUCCACCGGUGCUGCAAUAAGAACAAGAUAGAGGAACGUUCACAGACCGUCAAGUGCUCCUGUUUCCCUGGUCAGGUGGCCGGUACGACACGAGCACAGCCUUCUUGUGUGGAGGCUUCCAUCGUGCUGCAGAAGUGGUGGUGCCAAAUGCACCCAUGUUUGGAUGGCGAGGAGUGUAAAGCUCUUCCAGACCUGACUGGUUGGUCCUGCAGCACCGGUAACAAAGUCAAAACCACCAAGUCCAAGAGAGCCAGGUUGGCACAGAAAGUAUCUUCUGCCCAUGGUAACACGAUAGCAAGAACAUGGCUGCCCUACCAAGAGGUCCAAGGCUCCAUACCAACCCCUAAUGGAAAAGGAGACCCUCUUGUUUAA